UGUGUGGGUGUCAACAGACCAUGAUGAAAUUGAAAACGUGGCCAAGCAGUUUGGUGCACAGGUCCAUCGAAGAAGUUCUGAAGUUUCAAAAGACAGUUCUACCUCACUAGAUGCCAUCAUAGAAUUUCUUAAUUAUCACAAUGAGGUUGACAUUGUAGGAAAUAUUCAAGCUACUUCUCCAUGUUUACAUCCUACUGACCUUCAGAAAGUUGCAGAAAUGAUUCGAGAAGAAGGAUUUGAUUCUGUUUUCUCUGUUGUGAGACGCCAUCAAUUUCGGUGGAGUGAAAUUCAGAAAGGAGUUCGCGAAGUGACUGAGCCCUUGAAUUUGAAUCCAGCUAAACGGCCUCGUCGGCAAGACUGGGAUGGAGAAUUAUAUGAAAAUGGCUCAUUUUAUUUUGCCAAAAGACAUUUGAUAGAGAUGGGUUACUUACAGGGUGGAAAAAUGGCAUACUAUGAAAUGCGAGCUGAGCAUAGUGUGGAUAUAGAUGUGGAUAUUGAUUGGCCUAUUGCAGAGCAAAGAGUGCUAAGAUACGGCUAUUUUGGCAAAGAGAAGCUUAAGGAGAUAAAGCUUUUAAUUUGCAAUAUUGAUGGAUGUCUCACCAAUGGCCACAUAUAUGUGUCAGGAGAUCAAAAAGAAAUAAUAUCAUAUGAUGUAAAGGAUGCUAUUGGGAUAAGUUUAUUAAAGAAAAGUGGGAUUGAGGUGAGGCUAAUCUCUGAAAGGGCUUGUUCAAAGCAGACGCUUUCUUCCUUAAAACUGGAUUGCAAAAUGGAAGUCAGCGUGUCAGACAAGCUAGCAGUUGUAGAUGAAUGGAGAAAAGAAAUGGGCCUGUGCUGGAAAGAAGUGGCAUAUCUUGGAAAUGAAGUGUCCGAUGAAGAAUGCUUGAAGAGGGUAGGCCUGAGUGGUGUCCCUGCAGAUGCCUGUUCCACUGCCCAGAAAGCUGUUGGAUAUAUUUGCAAAUGCAAUGGUGGCCGUGGCGCCCUCCGAGAGUUUGCCGAGCACAUUUUCCUACUAAUGGAAAAGGUUAAUAAUUCAUGCCAAAAAUAGAGAUUAGUAUAAUUUGGGGAAAGACAGAUACAGUAUUCUGUAACCACUUUGCUUUUAUUUUUGAUUAAGUACAAUUUCAUGUUGUAAUGUUGCAGAGGGUGUGAUUUGAUUUGUGAGGUAUCUAAUCUUUUAAAAGCAAAGCCUUCUCAAUCUAUCAUUCCAAAACCUGUGAAGUAAUUGUGUUCUACUUUUCUCUUUAUGCAAGAUAAUUAUUUAGGGAUUGAUUGUAAUCUUUCUCAGAUUUUUAGUAAAUGCAAGUAAUAACAUCAAAAUUGACUUUGUAUUGUACCCUGUAAUACUGUGUAUUUGUGUGCUUUUAAUGAUGCUGGAAUUUUAUUUAUUUGGGGACAAUGUGUCUGGUAAGACAUACUCUUCUAUUAAUUAAUAAAAUUACAUUUCACAAACUUGA